UACGAUAGUCUAACGAUGUACCUCGCGAUACCGCUUAAAAAAAAACAGACUUUCUUCUCGUAUUCAGCAAUAAAAAGAUGUUUCAAAAUGAAAAAAUUACAAGCCUAAAAAAAAAACAUAUUGUUUUCUCUGACAGUUACUCAAAAUUACUUUUUCUCUUUUUUUUAUGAGCCACAAGAUCAUUUAAGUCGAAGAAAACAAAGAAUAUUGUAUACAGUGUAUUAUUGCAUGUUUUAUUGAAAUUUUCACAAUGUCCCUUGGAAAGAACAUUGGGCUCUUAAGCGUUAAAUUUCAUAUUAAAAUACUAAAUAUUCUAUUAAAUUAAUUCAAUCAUUUGAAUAAUUCUUUAUUCGAUUUAUAUUCAAUAAAAUUUAUUUCUUAAAAAUUUUUCUAAAAUAUAUUCAUCGGUUUAUUAUUGUUUGAUUAUUCAAAUAAUUGAAUAAUUAUUUCCAGUCAAUUGAGAUCGAGAAUAUUUUAUAUUGAAACAAAUCAAGAGGAAUUUGUUUUUUCUUUAUUAAUGAAAUGAAAAAUAUCGAAGAAUAAUAUAUUAUUCAAAAAUAAAUAUUCUCUUAUUAAAUCAAUUAUUAAAAUGUAUCGAAAAUAAGAUUUUAGUUUUUUUUGAAAAAUUUUACAUUUAAGAAGAAAGAGAACAAACAAAAAAAAUCAAAUCGAAUUUUUUAAAUAUCUAUGUUAAUUUGACUAAUUAAUCUUUAAGACAAAUUUCAAUUGAAUUUAACGAGAGUUUUUCGAUUUGGGCAAGUGAGAACAACUUUCAUAUAGAAUAUUUUUGCAUUUAAUUUGUUAUUAUUUAAACAAUUUAAUUUAUAGAAAUAGAAAUAGAAUAGAUAAUUCUCUUCUCUCUCAUCAUGGAUAAAUAUUGAUGAAAUAAAAAAACAAAAAAUUCUAAAUAGAAAAUCUUCGUUAAUCAUUAAAAUCAAAUAAUGAAAAUUCUUAUAAAUAAUUAUUUUAAUUAAAGAUUGAUCAUUUUUUAAAAACAAGUUUAUAUAUAUAUAUAUAAAAUCUAUCGAAAAAUCAAUGAUCGAUUGUUUUUGAAAUCGAAUUAAAAUAAAUUUAAUAAAUUAUAAUAAAAUAUUUAAAUAUCGAUUGAAAUUAUUUGAAUAUAUAAUAUUAUUAUUUAUUUAUUGUUUUUAAUAAAGAAAUGAUGAUGUACCUGAUUGUUACAAUCGAGUUCGUUAUAUUCGAGAUGCUUGUAAAGUAUUAUCUGAUCUUUGGAAAACCGAUAAAGAUUUUUUAAAUAAGAGUAUUGAUAAUGAUGUUGCACGUUCUUAUCGUUUACCAUAUGGAACAAAAUGGCUUGAACAAUUAAAAAAAAUUAUUGAACAAGCCAGAGAUAAACAAUCAACUAUUCGUCAAACAAUGACUGAACUUCGAGAUAAUUAUGAAAAACCUCAACAAAAAUUAGAAGCAGCUGAUGCCAAUUGGAAAAAGUUCGUUUAUUAA